GGAAGGUUGGCAGAACAAUAUCAAGGAUGGAGGGAUUGUUUUUGAAGCUGUCGGGAACACCGAAUAAGUUGAGUGGCGUUGGAGAUACUGAAUGGGUGACGGUUGGGGAUUGGACUUAUGUUCGAAGUGAUGGGAACUUGCUGUCUUUCAAGAACGAACCUGGUGGAAAAUUUGCUCUUGAGACAAAAUAUGAAAAAGUCUUUGAGAUGCCACUGUACUAUCGAUUCUUUCCCUGGACUGUGUGUCAUUUGAAGAACUCUGCAAAGAUUUUGGUUGUGCGAGAUGAAGAAGGAAUGUCGGCUUAUGAACUAUCGGGAAACAGCAAGGGGGCGAAAAGGGCAAUUGUAAUGGAUCAAGUGGUUAAUCAAAAAUUCGAUGAAGAUUCUACGGAAGAUAGUGUUGAGCUUGUGUCAUUGCUGCAAACGGACGGAAUCGUGGUGAAGAUAUUCGAACUUGGCGUUAAUCAAAUGUAUAAACUUAACCUGGCAACGGACAGAAAUGCAUUGAUAGAAGUGGGUUCAGUGGAUGAGAACUACUUGGUACUGGCUUCUGGACCAUCGGAAUACCAUUUCUUUCGAAUGGAAAAAGGAAAGCUUUUGGGAUACACCAUGGAGAGCAAUUUAAGUGUGAAGAAGGCCACUGUUGGCGAUUUUGCAGGAGGAAAAAUUAUUGCCAAUGUGUCCAAAGUGUAUGUUACGAAAUUGGGAUCAUCAAAGGCAUAUCUGUUUGCAAGCGAACUUGGUUUACAUGUGUACAAAUUGGACGGUAAAAAUCUGAAAUUCGUUUGCUUGAAUCAAGAAUUUUCAACCAACGAAGGUUGGACUGAGGAUCACUGGAAAACUGUGAAAUUGGUCGAAUCAAGCAAUAUUUCUUAUCUCGUGUUUACCGGACCAAAGGGGGUUGGCAUCAUAAAGAUUACUGAAAACUGUGAAAACUUAACCAUUAUUGAUGCUGAUUUGCCCAUCGAGCAAAAACAUGGAACUGUUUUGGCAAUAAAUCCAUCAUCAGGCGAUAAGUUGGAGCUUCUUGUUCUAAACGGAAAUGCUGUGGAAUCUUUUGCUGUUAAAGUGGAAACCCCUAUCAAAUCCGAACAAGUUACUGAAAAUCCAAUCAGCGCUCUCGAUUAUGGAUCCAUGGUCAAGUUGGAUUCCGAUAUCCAAAAGCAAGUAACUAAUCAACCUCCGGUUAAACCGUCCCUCUGGCUCGGUGAAACACUGGACACCGCUUCGAUCGCGGAUGGGGUCGAUCGGACCACGGGACAGCUGAGCUUCACCCUACCAAUCAUAGAUCUGCGCUCCAAGUUUGGCGUUCCGAUUCGGCAUACGUUCUACUUCAACCAACCGGAAGAUGGCACCGGAGUGGACCCUGGAGUGCUUGGGAAGUACUGGAGCCGAUCGAUGGACUUUAUCUACGUGGACAGGAAGGACACGGUGUUUGAGGAUGAGUUUGAGUACUUUUUGGUCAGCGGUGGGACGAAGGUCAAGUUGGAGUGGGUGAGGAGUGAUGGUGGGAAGGAGGUGUUUAAAUUUGAAGACACUGUUAUGAAAUAUCACAAGAAUGGUGAUUCUGGCAAGUGGGAAGUUAUUACGAAGGAUCUUGUAUGCUGGUAUGGGGAAAGUGAGAGUUCGAUCCGCUGGACUCUGGGCUGGCCCAACUGGAAUGGUAAAGGAACUGAUGAAGGAAGUGUUCUGAAGCGUCCUUUGGAGUGGCAUUUGAGCAGUGCGAAAUCUGCUGUAGGAGAUUCAGUGGUUCAAUAUGAGUAUAAAAGUGAAGUGGUCACUGUUAAAGAUAAGGUCCAUUAUACCAAAGAUAUAGUUUUGAAAACAAUUGAAGACAAAGCAGAAGGCAUUUCAAUCAAUUUUUCAUAUAAAACUGUUAAAAGAUCUGACGCAAAUAUCAGCACAAAAGAUCAAUCAAAAUGUAGAGUAGUUUUUGAAGACAGUCAUCUUUUGACAGGAUUCGACAUCGAAACAGAUAACCAUGUUCAAAAUAUCACUAUUUCUUAUCAAAAUGAACAGUUCCUUACGAAAAUCAGUCAUAACAGUAAGGAUGUAAUAUCAUUCGAAUACAACAACUUAAAAGUCACGAAAGCAACCCUGCCAUCAGGUGAAACUAUUACAUACACAUAUAAAGAUAUAAUCAUGAGUAAGGAUUCGUUAACGCAAAAAUUCCAGGAUACAUCAAUUUUAUUCACAGGACCAUCCUACACUAUCGUAUCUCAUGUACAAAAUAACAAAACUAUCGAAAUGCAACUGCUAGACAUCAACGCUUCUCAAGAAAUGUCCAAAAAGCAGACUUUGAGUGUAAGUUUAAAUGACGAUAUCAGCAAUCUAAACAUCUUGGCACAACAAAACUAUUUCAUAGUAAAUGCAAAAACCAAAGAUAUAAAUACCUUGACGAUCUUUAUGAAAAAUCUAAAUGUUGACAGUUGGAGCUUGAAGGAAACGCAAAAACACCAGCAAUUUGUCAAUUUGAUGGCCAAAGACGACCAUUGGAUGUUGCUAACUAAAAACUCACAAAACUUUUUGUUGCUAACCUAUAAUAAGCUUAACGAUGCAAAAACUGGAUUCACAAAACAUGAGAGUACAUUGAAAACCAAGGUAAAAUCUGGAGUAACUUUCACCACCAAUGGGGUUGCUUAUUUUUGUAAAGAAGGAGUCUUUUUACUACAGUAUAGAAACAAAUUUGAAGAAUACAGAAUUAGUAGCUCUGAUUUUACGACAAAAACUUUGUCUACACUAGAUAAAUUCCAUAUUCAUUCAUAUCCUAAAGAGGAGGCUAAAAAGUUCGAAAACUACAAACGUGACCUAGAAGAGUCAUUUUUGGAUGGUAUCACUUCAUUUAAUAAUGUAAUAAUUGUAAGAGAAAUUACGAUUACAGGCUCUAAACUUGAAGCGAUUUUAAAUGUGUUUGUGUUAGAUUCAAAUCGCAAAACAGUUACCGAAAGAUCAGAAAUUAUACCAGGAGUAAUUGAUUUGAACCAGUGGCAGUUGGAAUUGACUGUGAAACCGAAUGAUCUCCCACAUGAGUGUUUAUUUAAAUUUGAAAACACUAAAAAUAAAUGGACACUUUCAGUAAAAAAACAUACCACAAGGGAACCAAACACAAAGCAGUUCGAAGAAUUUUUCCUGGGAAUUUUGAAACUUCCCCUAGAUUUCGAGCAGUUUAAGUUGUUCCAUGGUGGUGAUUCAGUAAUUUGCGCAUCUCACAAGCUUACUUUUGAUGGUCAAAGCUUAAGAAAAGUUGAAUUACCGAAAAAGGAGGUUAAGAUACAAGAGAUCGAUCUACAAAUUGCGAAACGUGUUUGGAUUAAAAAAGAUUCGCCCGAUAGUGAUAUAAAAUUGCUUGUUAAAAAUGACGGAACUCAACAAGUAAAAUCGUUGUCGGUGAGCAGGUUGGACCACAUGACAAUAAAACCACCAGUUUACGUGGCUUUUAAAGCUCAUGAUAAGCAUUCGUUAGUAAAGAUGGAAAAAUCUGGCACCACUCUAGGUGAGGUACUUACAAUCCAGGGAAAAAUAUUGAAAUUUUCCACUGAAAGACUGCUGGUAACAAGUCACGAGCAGAAAGUCCUCAUCACACCAAUGAGAGCCGUAGAUCUCAACAACAACUUCAAAGUAAACGCCAUAGUGGCGGAAAAGCGUGGAAUCUACGCAACAUCGUACAUUUUUGAUCCCAAGUCACCCAUUAUAACAGGUCACAACGUUGCCUUCAAGAAAGUACAGAUCAUCCCCAACGGAGACUUCAGCUACGGUUCGUUCGAGCAGGUGACGAACUUUUUCGACAGGUCUCGCACCGUCAACGUGCUCGACUCGAUGAAUAAAACCGUCGUUGAGGACUACAAGGGAUCCCCGGAAGAGAGGGACGAGCCCGGUACAGUUAACGGGACGUUUGUUCUGUACGAUAAGUAUGGGAGAAAUGUCAUUUCUGAUUUUAGACCGUACGCUAUAGAUUCACAGCAAGUGGAUUUUGUAGGAUUUGAACGGUAUGAGAAUUUGAAAUCACGUAAAUGGAACAUUGAUGAAAGCAAAAUACGGAGAAAUAAAUUUUCAGGAACUGGCAAGAGUUUUUACAGAUUAGAUUCAAAAGAUCUUCAAGGAAGCUAUACUUUGAAGGACUUUCAACAAGCCCAUAUUAUCAGCUCUUGGAUUCGCACAGAAAAAGGUUUGAAAAUCAAUUCUGAAACAGACAUCCUCACAGUUCAGGUUGGAAGCAAGCCUAUAAAAGCUCAUGUCAGAGAUCAAAUCAACGACUGGUUCCACAUUGAAGUGUUGAUUAGUCCUGAUAACAGCGCAAAAUCAAAUCAAAAGAUCGUUAUAACUUUCAAGAAAGGCUCUCACUCCUUUGUCGAAAUCGAUCAUGUUCGACUUUCCCCGCUGGACUUUAGCUUCCGGGCGAUCAUCUUCGACGAGUUCCGUAACAACCCAAUAGCGGUCCUCAGACAUAACGGACGCACGGUCCAGUAUCUGUACGAUGACUACGGGCGCAAGAUUGGGGAAGUUGAUGAAAGGGGAAGCGUGACCAAGCUGGUGAUCUACUCGAAACAACCUGCGCAGAAUGAUGUUUCGUCGAUCGUCAACCUGCAACCUGUUUCCGGGUUUGUAGAGAGUAUGUCCCCGUACACGGUUGGAUUGAUUUGGGAUUUUAAGGGCAAUUGGAGUUUCUCUCCCAAACGGGCUAGUAUCGGAUCUGGAUCAGGAACAAUGAAAUACAAGCAGUCAUUGACAGAUUGCUCUAAUAUCGGUGUCCGAUUGAUGAUCAAUCGAGCUCAGGGUGGCACGCUGAAGAUCAAAUUUAGUAGCAGUGAUCCCGGAAUCGAUGUAUCCAGUCUGAUGUCCGAAAAUUAUGGAGAGAUAGCUGUCGCGAGGUACAAGAAGUUCUUCUCAGUUUGGAUCGAUGGACAUUUGAAAAAGGAGGAGUUAAAUCAGUGGAAUCAAUCUAAAGAGCUGAGUAUCGAAGUGUCUGGGAAGGUUGACCUCUCGGAUAUAGUUGUCAUGAAAGACGUGGAUCUCAUGAUCGAAUACAACAAUGCCAAAGGACAACCGGUUCAGCAAAUCAGUGUGGAAGAUGAUGACCACAUUACCAUGCGUGGAUUUGUGUACGAUGCCGUUCAACGAGAAAGUGUUGAGACUGUUUGGACUCGUCAUAGAAUUGAUGUGCUGAGAGGAAAGGUCUUGGAAUACAAACCUGAUUAUGUCGAACUAAAAAGUGGUAAAGUACUCGGAUCCAUAGUAACUAGCACAAAAUCUGUAUACCAAGAUUACCCAUUUACUAUGAUAAGCUACGUAGCAUGUCCCUUGACCAUUCGUCAAAAAAUUGGUCUUCCAGGAAAGGAAAACAACAUUGAUUCAAACCGAGCAGUUACUUACAGCAGAUCAACUAGCAAUAACUUUCUCAUGGUACUAUUUCCCGCAAUGGACGGAUUCCGCUACGAAGAACAACAUCUCCCAAAUGGAGCAAACAAUACGCAGGUAUACGACAACCGAGAUCGCAAGGUAGCGGAGUACGUCUCAGUGCCAAAGUACGACAACAUUUUAACCACUUAUCAGUACGAUGAAGCCGGAAACGUCGUUGAAGUAUUGCGGCCAAACUUCCAUGAGGUGGUAAACACAAAGGCUAAAGCUCAGAAAUUUGAGAACUUCUUAAAGCAAUUGGAUGCUUCGGGAAAAGUCAGCAGAACUAAGCAGAGAGAGCAUAAGGAGUACAACACAUUCAGGCAACUUACAUUGAAGGUAACACCUGAUGCUGGGUUGUACAGAUUUCUGUACGAUCACUUCCGUCAGCUGCGCUUUGUGGUUCAUUACAAGAAUGAAAAGGAAAUCGAUAAGGUGUUUUUCCACAAGUACAAUCCGAGUGGUGAGAUGUACGAGUUUGGAGUGUUGGACAGUGAAAAGAAUCUAGAACAGUUAAAGACCCACGCUAAUGAUGUAACUUACCCAGUUCCAACAACUAACUUUAUCCGCUUCGACUACGGUGACACGGACACGUACUCGUCGUACCGCAGCCGAAAGCAGUCUUCACUGAAGGUAGACAAGUUCGGGAGCACUAGCGAGACCGUGUACUUCAACGAGGACGGUAACGUACUGAUGAGAUCGUACGUCGAUCCCGUGGACAGCACCAGGACCAUGGACGUGGCGUUCAGCUACGAGCGAAACAAUGUGAAGGAGAUCAUCUACCCAGUGAAGUAUCAAGGCAAGAAUUUGGUGGUCAGUUACACACAUAAUUACAAAGGACAGGUGAUUGCUGUGGGGACACGAACUAAACCCCACCUGUUUGCAACCAUCAAACAUAAUCCGCAAGGUAAGGCUGAAGAAAUGUUGUACAUGCCGGAUGAUACAAACAAAUUUGCCGUGACAUUUGCUUAUAAUGCAGCUGGAAACAUGAUCAGCAUCGACAGCAGCUUUAUUAAAGAGAUUUUAGAUUAUAAAGCCGGUAAAGGGUACAAUGCCAACAACGCAGGAGAUGGAUCAAUUCUUCGAACGACUUUUGAGGCAAAAUGGCACGAUAAGUGUAACCGUAAGCAACUUAGGAUCACAAUUGGCGAUAUGUUGAAGCGGGGAUUGAAAUUUUCCAUAGCAAAAAAAUGUUUGGAAAAGCUCAAAGCGGCGAAAUAUUUGGAUGAUGCUUUAGUGCCAAUAAAAACGUUGCGUAAACAAACCGAAAGUGACGCUUGCUUCAGUGGUACAACGUUCAAUAAACUGUCCUCGAUUCUUGUAGGUAAAGGAUUCCCUGGAAAGUAUGGGCACGCGUACGAUUACGGAAGUCAUGGCGAAAUGACGAUUGCCAAGUACUUCACAGGAAGCGAGGACCCUUCGGUUAUAGUUCAAAACAAUAAAAUUACCAUGAUAGCUGACGCAAGUCCAGGUGACGUUGAGUCGUUCAAUAUUGAUCCCAACGGCAAUCACAAACUAUUUUACACUGGAAACGUUCGACACGAGUUGACUUACAAAGAACAUUCGAAUCAAAUUGGUACGGUGAAAGUAGGAUCAAACCAGAAAUCCCACAAGUUUGAACAUAAUUCUGAUGGUAAUGUAUUCAGCGCGGAGUACAAGAACAUUAUUAGUCUGGAGUACGACCAUGUUGUGGAUCGAGUUUCGAAGAUUACAAUGAAGGAUGGAACUACAAUUGAUCUCGGUUAUGAUAUAAGGGGUGAAAGGACUUUUAAGAAGGUAACAACUCCGUCGGGAAAGAUCAUUGAAACGUAUUACAUACGGGAUAUUAAAGCACGUUGCUUGAUGGACAUGAAGCUUGUGUAUCAAGAUCGAAGCAUGAAGAAACCACUGAUCACGUUGACUACGUACAUCCAUGGUCCAUUGGGAUUGUUGGGAUUCAUCAGGAAUAACGUUUUCUACAGUGUUAUCGCUGAUCACGAGGGAUCUACCCGGUUGGUCGUGAAGAACGGUGAAGUGGUAGCUGCGUAUGACUACCUUCCGUACGGUGGACGAAUGCGGUUCUACAACUCGGAUCCUGAUGGUUACGUGGCCUUCCAGUACACGGGGCAGGAGUUUGACGAGGAGACGGGUCUGUAUAACUACCACGCGAGGUUGUACGAUCCGGAACUGGGCCGGUUCUACCAGACCGACCCCCAAGAAGAAUUUCCGAGUCCGUACAAGUACGCUGGAAAUUCUCCAGUGAUGAAUACCGAUCCAGAUGGAGAGUUGGCGUUCCUACUCGUAUGUAUUGUAGCAGCCGUGUUUGGUGCCUAUUUGGCAGCGGCGGCUGUUAGCAAUAGCUGGAAUCCCGCAAAAUGGAAUUGGAGAUCGGGUCAUCUCUGGUUGGCACUAUUUGGAGGAGCGUUAGCAGGGGCAAUGCUUCCAAUCGGUGGAGCAGCGACAUUCUCAACUUUUGCCUCGAUCGGAGGUGUCGUAUUUGCGACAGCAGCUACGGCAACUAUUGUGCUGGCCGGUGCAUACCUGGGAAUGGCUGGGGCAGCUAAUGACUUCAACCCGGCAAAUUGGGACUUUACCAGUCCGGCGCUUUACAGUGGAAUGUUGAACGGAGCUUCCCUAGCGGUUAACAUCCCUUCCGGAGUGGUUGGAGUUUCUCGAACUAUGGCGACCUUUACCACGGCCAAAACCAUGUACGGUGCGGCGAUUGUUGGUGGUUCUUUACUUUUUGGGUACGGUUCAGCGGUAUUUGCCAACAACAUGACAUGGAAUCCGGCAAAGUGGGACUGGAAUGCCCGGACUGUGUUUGCGCUUUUCGAAGGAGGUACGACGAUCCUGAUGGCGACUAGUGCCUUUGUAAAACGUGGCCCACAGAAGGCACUUUUGCCCAAAAAACCCGCGAGCAUUUCAACGGCGCCUACCAAACGGUGGGUCAAGAAGUUUAAGCAUAGCGAGUGUCGAUUUGACGCGUACAACGAUGGGAUCGGAGAUGAGCUAGGAAAGCUUCGCUACCAGCAAGUUAUGACUGGUGUUAAGGGAAAGAUGGGCCCGGUGAAACCACCUCCUGGGAUGACCAAGGAGUUCAUUGCCGGACUACCGACUGUCAAAACCCUCGGUGCAACGGCUGUUGUUUCGGCAAUUAUGCUUAGUGAAGAUCUGUCCAAGUUCAAGGUUUACUUCACGAGGUUGGAAUCAAACUCAACGAAUGUCACAGAAACAAGUACAACUCCAAAGCAAUUCUUAAGAGGCAAGAGAUUCGCUGACUUUAACCCUGCUAGUCCCUCAAGCGGCACUAGAAUGUUCGAUAACAUCAAAAAGUUCUUCCAGUUUAGAACAGAUUUCUUAACUGACGACAAGUUAAACAAGGAAUCUCCAUCAACCGAUGUCACAGAACAUACCAAAAGACCAACCCCAAAACCAAUCAAGAUUCAUUCCCUCACCAACUGCAUCGCAAUGAAUCCGGAUCGUUCGUUCUACGAGUGCUUCCAAUCAACCGCCAAAGUGCUUCUUUUCGCCCAGAAUCCAUCACUGGAGCCCGGAAGUGGUCCCGAGCGCAUAGACCGUUGUGUUCCGUUGCAUUGGCACGGACAACCGUCGGUGGGCUGUCAAGGGCAGCAGUUUGGCUUCAUCUACACGCCGUACGAAGCGACCAAGAUGUUCAGCUUCCUCGACGGAUGGUUGAUGUUGGCACGAGUCGGGCUGCAGGUGGUUGAAAAUUGGAGGCAGGUUGAGGAAAAGAUGGAACGGGUUUGUUGGGAUGAGGAAGACGUUGGAAAAUAUUAUGGGCAAUUGGGUGAAAUAGAAGAAAUUUUGAAUCGAAAUAAGAGGGGACCUUUCAAAUGGGCCAAAUUUCAACUAGAAGAGAUGCGAACUGAUUUGGAGGAGUUCAAGUCUAGAAGGAGCAUAACGGCUUUGGCGAAAAUGGUAUUCGAGGAAAAGUUGGCUGCUCUAAGGGAUGAUUUAAUUGAGCAAAUUUCGUGCAGUUCGUAAAUAUAAUUUGUUAGAAAAGUUAAAAUUUUAAAAUAAGCCAAUGGUGUACCCGCCGUCGAGCAAUUUUUGACAGUUCGCUCCAUAAGAAAUACAUUAUAGAUAAAAGCAAAAACUGCUCGACGGCGGGUGCUCCAUUCAAAAUAAAAUAGUUACAUUGAAUUAAUUUUAUAAUUUCAUCCUUAUCUUUAUAACACAGUUCAAAAACUGAUCAGAGAACCCAAAAGCGUUACUUUCGCUUAAUAAGUUGAAAGAAAUAUAAAGAUAAACAACAGUAAAAGUAUAAUUCAAAAUAAGUGUAAUAUUAUCUUGCUAAAAAGUAAAUUUCCUUGUAU